AUGGUUGAUAUUCUGGACUUUUUCAAAAAUCCAGCAGCCGCAAAAGCUGGUUCAAAACGAAAGAGAACCACAGACCAAUCGGCGGCACAGCCAAAGCAAACCAAAGUUGGAGCGCAAGUAAAAUCCCAAUCAAGGUCUCAACCGAAACCGCCCCAGCCGAAACCAAAAGUGGAGACAAUUGACUUGGAUGACGAUGAUUUUGAAUUUGAUGACGAUGACGAUGACGAUGAUGACUUCAAAGAUGAUAACGAAGAAGAAGAAUAUGAAGAAGAAGACGAAAAAGACGAAGACGAAGAAGAAGAAGAUGAUAAUGAUGUGGUUGAGGUUGGCGCUCCACCAACAAAGAAGCGGGCAACAAGAGCCAACACGACUCCAAAAUCGUCUCCAAAGAAAAUUGCCUCGAAAUCACCAGCAAAGAAAAUAGAUCCAGUGGAAAAGGCAGAACCGGUAAAAUCCAAACCCACCAAGAAGUCAGGGACAAGUAGUAGCACAUCUAGCAAGGAGGACACAGCCCAACAAAUUUUGGCUACGAUCCCAGAUGCAGAAUUGCCAAACAUUGAUGAGAAGGAUAAACUUAAUUACUUUCAAUUGAAAGCACUACAAACCAAUACUAAUACCAAUACAAGUAGCUCAAUACCGAUCUCAUUACCCGAAGCGCGUGCCAAUUGUCUUGCAGGAUUUACAAUUGUGUUUACUGGUCAGAUGCCUAAUCUUGAUAGAAACUAUGCUGAAUCAACUGCGCAACGAUAUGGUGCUAAAGUCACCAAGUCGAUUUCGAAAAAUACUAGCUUUGUGGUGAUUGGUGCUGAUGCGGGAUGGUCCAAAGUUGACAAGAUCAAGAAGUUGGGUACAAAGACCAUUGACGAGGAUGGGUUUUUGCAAUUGCUUGAAAAGAUGCCCGAAGAUGGUGGAUCCGGGGAGGCUGCCCAAAAAGCAAAAUUGGCUCGUGAAGAACAGGAAAGGAAGGUGAUUGAAGAUGCUGAGAAGGAAGAGCGUUUGGAAAGAGAAGAAGCUGAGGCAAGAGAGAGGAAACGUAGAAAAGAAUUAGAAAAUUCUGAUAGAAAUUUGCAAUCGCAAUCGAGUAGUGGCUCAAGUCAGUUGAGAAUGCCUCCGGAACCGAAACAGGAAGUGGCUGCGAAAGACAAGCUAUGGACUGAUAAGCACGCUCCAAAGGAUUUCUCACAGCUCUGUGGUAACAAAGGUCAAGUGAAAAAGUUAAAAGAUUGGCUAGAAAACUGGUUUGAAUACAAGGCACGCGGUUUCAAUAUGGGUAAAGACAGUCCAGGCAAUUUUAGAGCGGCGUUGAUUAGUGGUCCUCCAGGGAUUGGUAAAACCACCGCGGCGCAUAUGGUGGCCAAUUCAUUGGGGUUUGACGUUUUGGAAAAAAAUGCAUCGGAUGUGCGAUCAAAAUCAUUACUUAAUUCAACCAUAAAAUCCAUAUUGGGGAAUACUUCAGUUGUUGGAUUUUUUAAGCAUCGCGGCGAGGAGGUUAAGCAGGAGAAUAGUGAAAAUAAUAGGAAAAUCUGUUUAAUUAUGGAUGAAGUUGAUGGUAUGUCUAGUGGUGACCAUGGGGGCGCUGGUGCAUUAUCUCAAUUUUGUAGAAUUACAAAUACGCCAUUGAUUUUGAUUUGUAAUGACAAAUCGUUGCCCAAGAUGCGUACUUUCGACAAGGUUACUUAUGAUUUACCGUUUAGGAGGCCCACUGAGAAUGAGGUUCGGAGCAGAUUGAUGACUAUUGCGUUGAGAGAAGGUGUCAAGUUGGAUCCAUCAAUUAUUGGACAAUUAGUGCAAGCCACUUCAAACGAUAUUAGACAAAUGAUUAAUUUGCUAUCGACAGUGUCCAAAACACAAAAGCAUAUUGGGGCACUGAAUGUCCAAGAGAUUCAACAGAGUUGGAAAAAACAAGUGAUUUUGAAACCGUUUGAUAUUGCUGGAAGGUUGCUUUCACUGGCGGUGUGGACUGCUCCCAAACAAAAUCUUAAUGAAAAAUUGGACUUGUAUUUCAACGAUAUUGAUUUUGCACCGUUAAUGAUACAGGAAAAUUACCUCAAUACCAGACCAAGGUUACCUGGGUCGCAUAUCAGACACGUGGCACAGGCUGCUGAUGAUAUAAGUUCCUCUGAUUCCGUUAAUUCAUUGAUAAGGUCAAGUGAACAGCAAUGGAGUUUACUUCCUUUCCAUGGUUUAUUGUCCUCCGUUAAGCCAUCGUAUGAAGUUGCUGGUCAAUUGACCGGUAGAAUAAAUUUUAGUGCUUGGUUGGGACAAAAUUCGAAGCAGAUGAAAUUUCAGAGAAUGUUGCAGGAAUUGCAAUACCAUACGAGGAUACGUACAUCAACCACAAAACAAGAGUUGCGCCUAGACUAUAUGAACCCCUUGUGGGUAAAGUUGAACUAUCCAUUAAAGAAAUAUGGGAAGGAUGGUAUUGAUGAGACAAUCGAGACCAUGGAUGAGUAUUAUUUGACCAAGGAAGAUUUUGAUAAUAUCGGGGAGAUGUUACAGCAGGCUGUUAAACUUGAUCAAAAUGGCAAGACAGCAUUUACGAGAAAGUAUAACAAUGGCAUACAUCCUACAGUGAUUUACAAGACUGGAAAUUCCUUAUUAGGUGGUGGUGGUAGACGUGGAGGCGGUUCACAAAAAGUAGAUUUUGAAGAUGUUGUGGAUGAUGAUAUGGAGGAUGUGGCUGAUGAUGGCGAUGACAAUGAUGACAGUGAUAAGAUUGAUUUGAAGAAGGAUAAAUUGAUUAAGGAGAAGAAGAAGUCGAGUGCAAAGAGAUCCUCAGCUUCGUCUGAGAAAACAAAAGGUGCACCAGCUAGGAAAAGAGCCAGAAAGUAA